UUUGUUAACUGCAUUUUUUUUCUUCUUCAGCUGUGACUCGAACUUCAGAGGUUCCUCAGUUGAUCUCUUUGACUGUUGUUGACCUUGGUGACAAUGUUACUUUUGGCUGUGAAGUUUCUGAGAAGGAGUUAAAAUCCUUUCAUGGUAUAAACAGUCUCUGGGACACUUGCCCCAAAGUGUUGCUUCUGUUAUUCUGACAAAAUAACUUUAUCUGAUGCAUUUAAAGAUUCACGUUUCACAUUGAACAAAGAAAUAUUUACUAUCAGAAAUGUCAGCAAAGAGGAUGAAGCAACAUAUUUCUGUCAAACGCGGGCCACAUAUUCACAGAUGUUAAGCAGUGGCACAUUCUUGGCUGUGAAAGAUCACAAUCAUCAGAAAUCGGUCUAUGUGAAACAAAAUCCAGAGAAAGAGUCUGUUCGUCUGGGAGGCUCUGUGACACUCGAAUGUUCAGUUCUCUCCAAGAAUAAAGAAAAAGCACUCCAAUGUCCAGAUGACCACAGAGCGUACUGGUUCAGAGCUGGAUCUGAAGGUUUUGCUCCAAACAUCAUUUACCCUCUUGUGAACAACAGUGAUGAAGCUCUUAAGAGACGAUGUGUCUACAGCCUGACCAAAACGAUACAGAACUCCUCCGAUAUCGGGACUUACUACUGUGCUGUUGUGACAUGUGGGGAGAUCCUGCUGGGUGAAGGAACUAAGGUGGAGACACGACCAGGAUUAGGCUCUGUUGUCCUCAUUCUUGGAGUUCUGCUAGGUUGUUGCAUUUCUGUGAUUGUGCUUCUUCUUUUGUACCCCAGAGGGAUAAAUGUUUGUCAGCAUUGCAAAGGGGAAAUACGUGGGACCAAUCAUGCUGGAUGUGACGUGUCAAAUGUGGGUCAAUCAAAUGAUUUGAUGAUGACCGAUGCUACAGUCCAUUACUCCUCAGUGAGAGUAAACAGAGGGAACAGGAAGAGGAGAGAGUCAACACAAGACUGUGUGUAUGCUGCUGUUAGACAAGAUUCCCACACUCAGCGGCAACCAUCAGCAUAAGCCAAGAAGGGCAGGAGUUGUAGUCCUUUAAUAGACGCUUUGGCCUUUCUGUGUUAAAAUAAACAGUUCCAAUAAAAGUGUUUUUUUUUCCUAAAAAACAAACAAACAUGUUGUUCAGCUGAUGCUAUGGAAACACAACCUCUGGUUACUUUUAUUGACUGCAACAUAAGCUAUGGUAGUAUUUUUGGGCCCAACAAAACAUGUUGUAUAAUUCACAUUUGGUAUACCCAAAUAAUUGUGUAAAAAUAUCAAACUAAAUAAAUUCCAUUGGCACAUUAAAGUGUUGAGUAGAUUUCUAUGAUUCUGAAAUCAUGUUUUUUCUGAUCGGGGGGCGGCCAUCUGCUGCGACCGGUUGGGGUGACAGAAGGAAAACAGGAUAAGACAUGCUGUGGAAGAGAGACGGAGAAUUAUAACAGGUGUGAUUCAAUGCGGAGAGGUCUAUUAACACAUAGUGAGUGAGAAAGGUGACUGGAAAGGACAAACUCAAUGCAUCAUGGCCAGUAGCGGCUUUUGAUACGGGUGACACGGGCGGUUUCCCGGAGUGGCAUCAUGGUUCGGGGCGGCAUCAUCGGCAAAAAAAACAUUUUGCUCGUACUCAUGCUGCCCCGACAUCAGCCAGCACAUUUUGGGAAUGGCAUAGGCACCGAUCGGUUUUCUAUCGCCCAUGCUGGGAGUAAGGGUGCCCUCCAUUUGCCAAACUGGAAGCUGGUUCCACAGAAGAGGAGCCUGAAAACUGAAG